UUGGUGCCUUCUGCUGCGGGAUGGAGGGGGUCGAGCCGGGACUGCGAGGAGCUGGCGGCCGCGGGGCAGCAGCUUCGUGCGGAGGGUUCCGCCGGGAGGCGGCGGAGGGAGGUCAGCCGCGGCUGCUGGCCCUGCCUGCGGGGAUGUGGUUCUGCCAGGGGGCAUCGAAUGCAGCUAUGGGGCAGCGGCAGCAGAGCCUGGUGACCUCCCGGGGGCAGGGGGUGUGUGUAGAGCCCUCGGCAACGGAUCCACUGUGGGGCAGUGCCAGUGCCUGAGGCCCUGGCGAUGGGGACAGCUCCUGACCUGCUCCUCCAUGCGUCCCGCAGGCGAGAUGUGGGUCACGGAGGGGCCAGCCUCGGCCCGCUGGAGCCUGCAGGACGGGGCCCACGCCGGACACUUCCUGGCCGCAGCCGAGCAGCUCCGCGCCGCAGGACUCCUGGUGGACGUGGCCGUGGGCCCGGAGGGGGACGCGGCCCACGCUGUGGUCCUGGCCUCCAUCAGCUCCUUCUUCCUCCGCUUGCUGGAGGACAGGAGCGGUGAGCUGCGCCAGGGCCCCCCGCCCCGCGUCGCCCUGCCCCCCGGGGUCUCGCUGUGGGGCUGGAGAGCGCUGCUGGCCUUCGCCUAUGGGGGGGCUGUGCCCCGCGGGCGGCAGCAGGAGGUGGCGGAGGCUGCCCAGGCGCUGGGCGCUCCCCGGCUGGCGGCAGCCUGUGCCCUGCGGCUGGAGAACGACAGCCGGGAGGGGGGUCCCGAGCCCCUGGAGGAGCAGUGGGAAACGCUAAGAGCCAUGAAGCAGCUCCAUGGCAGUGGCCUGGGCUGCGACCUCCAGCUCCAGGCAGGGGACGAGGUCAUCCCAGUUCAGCGCCUGGCCUUGAGCUGCUCCUGUGACUUCUUCCGGGCCCUCUUCACUUGCCCCAUGCGGGAGGCCACCCACGACCCCGCGGCCCCGCUGGCCACGGGGCUGUCCCCGGCAGAGCUGCGCCUCCUGCUCUCCUUCGCCUACACGGGGGCCGUGGCAGGGCCAUGGCCCACGGUCCUGGAGGCAGCUGAGACCUCCCUGCGCUACCAGGCCUGGGGGCUCCUCACGCUCUGCCUGGAUGUCUUCACCCACGGCCUGACCCCAGAGACUGCCCCGGACGUGCUGUCCUUUGCCGUCACUUACGAGCUGGCCCAGGUGGGCCACGUAGCGGAGGACUACAUCUUGGCCACCUUCCCCAGCGUGGUGGCCACGCCAGCCUUCCUGGACCUCCCCCCACCCCUCCUCAUCCGCCUGCUCCGCUCCGACCGCCUCAACGUCCUGCACGAGCUGGAGGCGCUGGAGGCAGCCUCGCGAUGGCUGCUGGCCAACGGCGGCGGCCAAGAGGCCCUGGCCAAGGAGGUGCUCUCGUCCGUGCGCUUCGCCCUCAUGUCCACCUGCGAGCUGAAGAAGGUGAAGGCAGUGACCGCAGGGGUGGCCGCCCCCAGCCUUGUCCAGGAGCUGCUGGUGGCAGGGUUCGCCCCCGCGGCCCAGCUGCCCUGCCGGGUGCGCGCCCUGCAGGAGGUGCUGGUGGUGUGCGGCGGAGAAAAAGUCACCUCCAACCUGGCUGCCAGGAAGCCCAGCAGGCACCUCUGGUUUGCCCACUGCUACCUGAGCGCUGUGGGGCUGGUGAAGAAGGUGGAGUGGAGGGCACUGGGACGCUUCCCUGAUGGGCCACGCUUCCGGCACGCCGUGGCCGUGGUGGGCAACACCCUCUACGUCCUGGGUGGGAAGCACUACUAUGGGGUCCAUGAUACCCUGGCCAGCGUCUACAGGUACGAGCCCAUGGAGGACGCCUGGGAGCGCCUGGCCAGCAUGAGCUGUGGGCGCAGCUACUUCGCCGCGGCGGCGCUGGGGGAGUUCAUCUACGCCCUGGGGGGCAGCUCUGGGGAGCUCUACUGCACAGACACUGUGGAGUGCUAUGACCUGGCCAAUGACACCUGGAGGAGGUGCCAGCCCCUGCCGAUGGCUCUGUGUGCGCACGCGGCCUGUGCCCUGGACGGUGCCCUCUACGUGUCGGGGGGCUUUGAUGAGGCAUGCCAGUGCCAGGCCUCCUUGGUGCGCUACGUCCCAGGGGCUCCUGCCACGCUGCUGGCCCCCAUGAAUGGCCACCGAGCUGGGCACGUGAUGGAGGAGGCAGGUGGGCAGCUCUAUGUGGCUGGGGGGCUCUGCCACCGGGCCGGGCACACAGGCUACAGGGACCAGCUGGCUUUUGAGGUCUACAGCCCCAAGCUGAACAGCUGGGCCCUGCUCAGCCCCCUGCCCCGUGCCCAUGUGGUGGGGAGUGCAGCUGUGCUGGGGGGAGAGCUGGUUGUGCUGGGGGGGUACAGCCAUGAGACCUACCAGAACACCCACCUGAUCCAUGCCUACCAGCCGGGCAGCCGGCGCUGGAUCAGCAGGGGCACCUUGCCCCAUGCCUAUGCUGACCUCCAAGCCUGUGUCCUCACUGUGCCCUCUGCCUUGCGUGGCCCCAGCUGCCCUGAGGACCCCUCAAGGUCCCCUGGCAUUCCCAAUAAUGUUUAGGGGGGGCUGCACCCCGGCACCACCCACUGGCACCUCCACGGAAGAAAAUCGCCCCCAGGGCCCUGCCCUGGAGCAGGCUCCUCCAGUGCCCUCCAGCAGGAUGCUUGCCCUGGACUGUGGGGAGCCUGUGGGGCACAAAGAGUCUCCACACUGCGACCCUCUGCCUCCAGGGGUUCUCAUCCUCCUGCCCUGGGCCCUUCAGAGGGAGCUGAGGGUCCCCCAACUUCCCCACACACUUGGGCUGAAUAAAAGUGGCUCCUGAAGUGCC